CCGGCGAUGAACCGUCUCCUCUGCUGAUCACCAUCCUCCAUCUGUAACCGGUACCGGUCCGGUGCUGCGGUGUCCCAUCUCUUCCGUCCUUCUCUUCUCAUCCUCCGCCGGUCCCGGUGAUGGGGCCCCCAGCGGGCCCCGGGCUGCUGCUUCUUUUUCUAGGAUACCUGCGGAUCUGUGCGGCCAAAUAUGUGCGGGGCAACCUGAGCACCAAAGAGGACUGGGUCUUUCUCACGCGCUUCUGUUUUCUGUCAGACUAUGGAAGGCUUGAAUUCAGAUUUAAAUAUCCAGAGGCUAAAUGCUGCCAGAACAUUCUGCUGUACUUUGAUGACCCAUCUCAGUGGCCUGCAGUGUAUAAAAAUGGGAACAAGGACUGCCUGAUGAAGGAGUCUGUGAUCCGGCCAGAGAACAACCAAGUAAUCAACCUGACAACACAGUAUGUUUGGUCUGGCUGUCUGGUGACAAAAGAGAAUGGGCAGAGCUACUUGAGCUGCAACAGUGGGAGGAGCUUCCGGUCCGUCCGUGAGAGAUGGUGGUACAUAGCGCUCAGCAAGUGUGGGGGAGAUGGUCUACAGUUGGAGUAUGAGAUGACCCUGACAAAUGGAAAAUCCUUCUGGACGAGACACUUCUCUGCAGAUGAGUUUGGGAUCCUGGAGACGGAUAUCACCUUCCUCCUUAUCUUCAUCCUCAUCCUCCUCCUGUCCUGUUAUUUUGGCUAUAUACUGCGAGGAAGACAGCUUCUGCACACUACGUACAAGAUGUUCAUGGCAGCGGCGGGAGUGGAGGUCCUCAGCUUGGUGUUCUUCUGUAUAUACUGGGGUCAGUACGCACAGGACGGAGUGGGCAGUCCCAGCAUCAAAGUGCUAGCCAAGCUGCUUUUCUCCGCCAGUUUCCUUAUCUUCCUGCUCAUGCUGAUUCUCCUUGGAAAAGGAUUUACAGUGACAAGGGGUCGGAUCAGCCACCUCGGUUCGAUUAAGCUGUCAGUUUACAUGACGCUGUACACGGUUACACACACGGUGCUGUUUAUACAUGAGGCUCAGUUCUUUGACCCAGCUCAGGUCCUUUACACAUAUGAGUCCCCUGCUGGCUAUGGGAACAUUGCUCUACAGUUUCUGGCCUACAUAUGGUUCUGUUACGCCGUGCUGGUGACCCUCAAACAUUUCCCAGAAAAACAGGCCUUCUAUGUGCCCUUUUUCGCAGCCUAUACUUUGUGGUUCUUUGCUGUUCCUGUCAUGGCUCUGAUUGCUAACUUUGGAAUUCCAAAGUGGGCCCGCGAGAAGAUUGUCAAUGGUAUACAGCUAGGAAUCCAUCUGUAUGCACAUGCUGUUUUCCUGAUAAUCACCCGACCCUCUGCAGCCAAUAAGAACUUCCCUUACCAUGUGCGAACCUCCCAGAUCGGCAUAAUGGAGCAAAACACUGAGAAAUUUCCCCACCACGUCUACGGGAAUGUCACCUUUAUCAGUGACUCUGUCCCCAACGUCACUGAACUCUUCUCUAUUCCCAAUAGCAAUGGGAGUACUGCAGUGAUAAACAAACCGGUUCAAUAUCCAGUGACCCUGGGACAUUGCUAUUCACAGCUGACCUCUGACACACAUCACGUGUUUAGCCCCCCAUCAAUGAACGGAGCCCCGGGAACCCAAAAAGUACCAGUCGGUGAAACUCAGCUUGGGGGACUUCAGCAACUUCAUGCCCCCCAAAUACAUCAUCAGAAUGGAUUUCCUGAAUAUUUUAGCAUACGGUCUGCGGGUCCUCAACCGAUGUAGACUGCCUUGCUGGAAAAAGAACACUGCAGUCCUUGUUCAGCCAAGAUGGACCCUUUAGAGUGACCAUGGGCUGACCUUUCUGAGCCAGAAUCUAUGUUUGUGUGGCAGUGUACAAAAAUGUGGGAGUAUGUCUGAAUGGGCAAGUACGUAUGUAAAUGUUUGUAAAGACACAACCAUUUGUAAAUAUUUCAUACUCUGUAUGUUGGUGUGUGCAUGUGCAUAGGUAUACAGGAUAUCAAUUAGUUAUGUGCCUACGUAUGUCGAUAAUAUGUGCCUCUGCCUCGGCUCUUGUCUAUCACAUGACCAAUGUUUUGGUUUCCCAGAAUGCCCUGGGUGGUUUGCUUCAUUGAUGCCUAUCCUUUGUUCCCUAUUGCGAAGAUUCUAUGUUUAGCUACCUAACAAUUUAUUUCUGUUUCCCGUGUUGUAAAUUCUUGACUAUAGCUCUCUAAUUAUCGCUAUCUCUUUUUUUUGGCAUAGAAUACCAUUUUUUUCAUUACUUGCUUACAGGUUUCCAGUGUUUUUCUAAAAUAUGGCUUGCUAUCUGUACAUUCCUGUCAUUUUGUUCCUGCUGUUUUUCGCAGUGUACACAUAUGUUUUUUUUUUUCUUGGACCUGUCCUAUUUACAACCUGUGUACAUUGGGCUUUUAUUUACAUCAGUACUGCCUUUUUCCCUUUAAAAGGAAUGCAAAAUCAGCUUGAAGCAGCUUUUUUUGCAGCUUAUGAGGUUUAAUGCACCUGUAAAGGGAUCCAUAUGGACCUCAAAAGCAUCUCAAACUGAUGUCAACUGCAAAUGGAAUGCACUUGAAAGCACGUUGCAUUUGCCCAUCUACAAAAGCUCAUACUCUGUCGUGAUUGGAUGCAAGCACAAAAAUAAAAAUUACACAGAUGCACAGAAAAUGCAUGUGCAUAAUGGUCCUCAGUAUAUCUGGUCACAUGUACACAGCCGGUUUGUUUAAUGAACACAACUGUCAGAACCAAUGGCCACGAUGAAACUCUAGCCCAUAUCAGCUGGUCUUUAAAAUAAAACAGUAUGUUUUAUUGGUUGCUUUAGAUUACAGCCCAACUUUAACUAUAUUGUUUAUAGACCAGCACUAAGAUACGUUGAUGACCACUUAACAAAACUUUAACAAUUCUUGUGGUGCGGCUGCAAUCAGAGGUCACUUGUGUCUUUUUUUAUGCAUCUCUUCAUCAUCAAGGUCUUUUGUUUCUUGUAUCACGCUAAUUUCUGUACUUUCUAUUUCUAGUGUGUUUUGUUUUCUGUAGUUUCCUGUUUUUCUCCAUUGCCACCAUAUGCAAUUUAUUUAUGUCUCUUACAUUCUCUAUCUGCUGCCUGUGGUUUAUUUGUCUCCAUUCCACUGGUGUAGUUCUCAUCUCCCUGCUCCUGAUUGUAGGUACCUCUAUUCCAGCGAUCUGCAUCCUUGGUGACGCGGGUCACCGUUUCUGUAUUUUCUAUCACCUCCCUCUUCUCUGGGGUUUCCAGUACUUUUCUAGUCUCUAGUUUUAUAGAUAAUUUUCUUCCUCCAGUCAGUAGUUUCCUGGUAUCUUUUUAUUCCAGCUGUCUGUAGCAUAAUUUAGCUCUUUCUCAGUAAUCUGUAGUUUUCUUGUGUCUCUUUAUCCCAGCUGUCUAUAGUUUCCUUUAUCUCUCUUUUCCAACUGUCUAUAAUUUCCUGUAUUUCUAAUCCAGAUGCUUGUAGUUUGCUUGUAUCUCUAUUCCAGCUGCCUGUAGUUUCCUGUGUUUCUUUAUCCCAGCUGCCUGUAGUUUCCUGUGUUUCUUUAUCCCAGCUGCCUGUAGUUUCCUGUGUUUCUUUAUCCCAGCUGCCUUUAGUUUCCUGUGUUUCUUUAUCCCAGCUGCCUGUAGUUUCCUGUGUUUCUUUAUCCCAGCUGCCUGUAGUUUCCUGUGUUUCUUUAUCCCAGCUGCCUGUAUUUUUCUGUGUUUCUUUAUCCCAGCUGCCUGUAGUUUCCUGUGUUUCUUUAUCCCAGCUGCCUGUAGUUUCCUGUGUUUCUUUAUCUCAGCUGUCUGCGGUUUCUUGAGUAGCUCUAUUCCCGCUGUCUGUAGUUUCCCCUCUAUUGAUGAUGUAUGAUGCUUCCUGUAUCUCUCUAUGCCCACUGUCUGCACUUUUUUGUAUCUCUCCAUUUCAUCUGUCUCUAUUUUCAUUUAUCUCUCUCCCUCUCUAAAUUUCAGUUGUCUGUAGUUUUCUGUUAUCCUUCUGUUUCAGUUUCUGUAUUUCUGUGUCUAAGUCAUGCUUAGUUUACUGUAUCUCUAUUCCCAUGGUCCGUAGUGUCUUUAAUCUCUUUAUUUCAGUGUCUGUAAAUUCCCACCUCUUUCAAUUACAGCUACCUGUAGUUUUCUGAGUCUGUGUUGCACUGACUGUAGUUUUCCUGUAUCUCUCCAUUGCAGCUGUCUCUAGUUUCCUUUAUCCCUCCAUUCUAGCUGUUUCUAGUUUCCUGUAUCUCUCCAUUGCAGCUGUCAUUAGUUCUGCAUCUCUCCAUUCUAGCUGUCUCUCGUUUUCUGCAUCUCUCCAUUUUAGCUGUCUCUAGUUUCCUGUAUCUCUCCAUUGCAACUGUCUCGAGUUUCCUGUAUCUCUCCAUUCUAGCUGUCUCUAGUUUCCUG